UUCACUGCCUAAUUCCUCCGCAUAUAUGAUAUAGUAUUAUCCUCUCAUAUAUCAGUCACCUCAAAACCCUAGUGAUAUUUCCUUUCUUUUUUUUCCUCCAAUUUGUUUACAUUUUAGUUCUUAAGUUCAAUUUUCUGUGGGCACUAGGUCUUCUUUAAGCUCUUAAGGUAAAAUUAGAAUGGAAGAAGUUAAAGAUACCGAGGCUUACGAGGAGGAGCUACUCGACUACGAGGAAGAAGAGGAAAAAGCCCCUGACUCUGUCUCUGCUAAAGCGGCUGAUACUGCUAAAAAGGGAUAUGUUGGGAUACACAGUUCAGGUUUCAGAGACUUCCUACUGAAGCCAGAGCUUCUACGAGCCAUUAUAGAUUCUGGAUUUGAGCAUCCUUCAGAAGUGCAACACGAGUGCAUCCCUCAAGCAAUUCUAGGAAUGCAUGUCAUAUGCCAAGCAAAAUCUGGGAUGGGAAAGACUGCCGUAUUUGUUUUAUCCACUCUGCAGCAGAUUGAUCCUGUUGCAGGUCAAGUUGCUGCGCUCGUUCUUUGCCAUACAAGAGAAUUAGCAUAUCAGAUAUGCCAUGAAUUUGAGAGGUUCAGUACAUAUUUGCCGGAUUUAAAGGUUUCUGUCUUCUAUGGCGGUGUCAAUAUCAAGAUUCACAAGGAUUUACUUAAAAAUGAAUGCCCUCAUGUUGUUGUUGGAACUCCUGGAAGAAUAUUGGCUCUGGCCAGGGAUAAAGAUCUUGGAUUGAAGAAUGUGAGACAUUUUAUCCUGGAUGAGUGUGACAAGAUGCUUGAAUCACUUGAUAUGAGGAGAGAUGUGCAGGAGAUCUUCAAGAUGACUCCUUAUGAUAAGCAAGUUAUGAUGUUUUCAGCUACACUUAGCAAGGAAAUUCGUCCUGUUUGCAAGAAAUUUAUGCAAGCUCCUAUGGAAAUUUAUGUAGAUGAUGAGGCCAAGUUGACUCUUCAUGGUCUUGUACAGCACUACAUUAAAUUGACCGAGCUGGAGAAAAAUCGAAAGUUGAAUGACCUGCUUGAUGCCUUGGAUUUCAACCAAGUUGUCAUCUUUGUCAAAAGUGUGAGCAGAGCAGCUGAGCUGAACAAGUUAUUGAUGGAGUGUAACUUCCCCUCUAUAUGUAUUCACUCUGGAAUGUCUCAGGAAGAACGGUUGACAAAGUAUAAGAAUUUUAAGGAGGGGCACAAAAGAAUUCUUGUAGCGACUGAUUUGGUUGGAAGAGGAAUUGAUAUUGAACGUGUUAACAUUGUUAUCAACUAUGACAUGCCUGAUUCUGCUGAUACCUAUUUGCACAGGGUGGGAAGAGCUGGUAGGUUUGGGACCAAGGGCCUUGCAAUUACAUUCGUCUCCUCUGCAUCAGACUCAGAUGUUCUGAAUCAAGUUCAAGCCAGGUUUGAGGUGGAUAUUAAGGAGCUCCCUGAGCAGAUUGAUACUUCCACAUAUAUGCCAUCGUGAUCGACAGACGGUUGAUAUCAUGAGAGCUUGAUAGGUUGACUUAUUAUCUUGUAAUAUGCGAUUCAUGCAGGCAGUAGUAUUACACUGGGACAUUUUUGGGUUAUUUUCUGUCCCUAAUUGUUAAGUUUUUCUAUCCCUGAUGUAUUUUAUAAUCGGAAUGUUGCAUUGGUCAAACUUUGAUGUGGAUCUAUUAUUAUUGUUAUAUGUUGCAUCGUUUAAACUUA